GAGUUAUGCCUUCUUUGCGCGGUGCGGUGAUAGGCGACAGCCAGGUUAAAUUCAUGUGCAGGAGUCGCCUUCACUUGAAAACAUCCGUCGAGACCUGCACAUUUAGUUUUGGUGGUUUUGACGCUGUGCGAAUGGCUGAGGCCGUCUCUGCGAUGCACUUUCAGCGCGUAGACUGUCGUUUGGUACGUUGGUGGUAACGACGUUUGCAGUGCCAACGCGGACCCUCAAGAUAUAUGCGACAAUAUAGGGAAGUUAGUUCUGCAACUGCAGCACGAUGUGGCCCCCGUGGUGUAUACGUCUUCAAAGUGCUGCCACGUUGCUCCAGCUCUGAAGACGCCGAUGCGGAGCGCCAGAUCAAGAAAACGCGCUUGCUGAACCGCAAGCUGACGGCUACGCUGAAACGCCUGCCGUGUGUUCGAAUCUUGAACGCCGAGCAUCGGUUUCUCAAUUCCUCGAAAGAGCCACGACGUGCGCUCUUAGCAAUUGAUGGGUACCAUGUGCACGGAGGCCAAGGGAUCGAUCAGCUGGCCAAAAUCGUCAGGUCUCUUGCCCGUGACUUCGGACCUGGAGUGAAGUCACAUGGACACAGCGAGCUGGGUAUCUGCUACAGGCUGCUGAAGUGCAGCCACUGCAACACAAAAGGCCACGAAGUCCUGCGAGUGCAGCAAAUUCCUUCGCCUACCUUCCCAACAUGAACCAAGACUGCUUUAGAUCAUCUUAAUGUGUAAAGCAGCACACAAAAACAAGAAAUGAAAGGAGGAAUACAAUUGAACAGGCCAACCA